AUGUCACCGGCAUAUGACCUGGGCCAAUCCGCGGGGACGUCGUAUCACCCGCUGGAGACCAAGGAGGCCGCCACCGCUGCACCGCAGCGACACGCCACGGGAUUGAAAAUGUCGCGAAUGUGUCGUCGCUACAAGGUGCCCGCUCUGCUGCUGAUGCUCUUGCUCCUGGUUUCCUGCAUGGCGUACCGUAUACUCAGUUCUGAGCAGGAUGCCCCGCCGUUGGAUGUCCACCGCAGUUCACCUCUCCUAGAUGCCUAUGAGGAUUUCAGUGCCAUGCGAGCAGGCGAUCUCAAAAUGCGUAUCGAAGAGAUGGUUAGAAUCAAGAGCACCGUAUCCGUGGAGCUGCGCGAACUGGAAUCCCGUCGGCAGAAGCUGCAAUCGGACAUCAGUCAGUACAACCAGAAGAUCGAGGAGCUGAAGCAAGAACUCCUCAGAGAGCAAACAGAGCUGGAGCGCUUGAAGAUCUCCGUGGAGCAAGCACAGGUGGCCCAGAGAGAGGCAGUGCAGCGGAAUACACCAGACCUGGCUUUGCCCCGUUCCCUGCUACCAAACACACUGCCCAGAAAGAUGAAUCCCAUAACGGCGGGCAUGGCAGCCAGUUGCGAGAUGCACAACUGCUUCAAUCACUCGAGAUGCAGCCUUACUUCUGGAUUUCCCGUUUACCUCUACGAUCCCGAUGAGCACAGCGUGCAGCGUCAUGGUUACGACAUUGAUGGCUUCCUGAAGACAACCCUUAAGCAGACGCUGGGAUACAAUGCCCACAUCGUUAAGGAUCCGAAGCAAGCGUGCAUAUAUCUAGUGCUGGUGGGUGAGGCACUCCUGGAGCAGGAUCUGCUGCGUAACAAUCGGUAUGCGGCGCAGGAGGCAGAGCAGCAGCAGCCCACCAUACCCACUCAUGCCAAUGAUUGUCCGGUGGAUAUGGAGAAGCUUUACAAGCUGCCUUAUUGGGGCGGCGACGGACGCAACCAUGUGCUGCUGAAUCUGGCCAGAAGGGAUCUAACCUCACACCGCACGAAUCCGCUGUACAAGCAGAACACCAUGCGAGCCCUUGUGGUGCAGAGUGCCUUCGAAAGGGAUCAGUUCCGUCCGGGUUACGACCUCAUAGUGCCACCCAUUUUGGGUCCGCCAGGUGGAGACGUGUGGCAGGAGUGCGCCGGUAUGGUGCCGGCUCGCAGGAAGUACCUGCUCUCCUUCCAGGGAGAACUGAGACCCAAACAGAGCACUCUACCUCCCUUGGAUGCCUUUAUACUGGACCAUCUGACUGAUAUGGCCAAGGGAGCUACGCAGGAUCAGUUUGUGCUGCAAUUCCAGUGCGUCCCGGCUACGGAGCAGCAGGAGGGCGACUCUCUGCCAGACUGGACGCUCUGCGGAUCCGAUUCGUCGCGUCGGCAGCUGCUCAAGGAUUCCACUUUUACCUUGAUUCUUCCUCCAAUGAAUGGUCGAGUGUCCUCCACCCUUAUGCUGGCCAGAAUCUAUGAAGCUUUGCGUUCGGGAGCUGUUCCCGUGAUCCUGGGAGCCGAUGAGCUGCGCCUGCCUUACGCUGAAACCCUAGACUGGAGGAGAGCAGCUUUGCUGCUGCCAAAGGCAAGGAUUACGGAGCUGCACUUUCUGCUAAGAGCCGUGCAAGAUGCUGAUUUGCUGCUGCUGCGCCGACAAGGCAGACUUAUCUGGGAGCGGUACCUGAGCUCCGUGCAGGCCACCGUGGAUACGGUAAUAGCCAGUUUACGAGAUCGCCUGGGAAUCCCCCCGAGACCAGUACCACCGAUCAUAGCACAAAGUGUGUUCAAUAGCACCUUCAUACCCCUGAAAUCCGAUCCUCCCGUCGGUUUGGAUACGGAACCCGAGGAAUCGCUGGGUCCCAUAGAGCCACCCUACCCCAGUCCCUCGUUUCGCCGCAACUACACCAUUCUACGGACCCAGGCCAAGGAAGCGUGGAACGAUUGGUUGGAUCCCUUUUACCUGUACCCGCAGCUGCCCUUUGAUCCGGCCGUGCCAUCGGAGGCCAAGUUCCUGGGCUCUCACACCGGCUUCCGUCCUAUUGGCAAGGGCUUGGGCGGAGCGGGCAAGGAGUUUAGCGAAGCUCUUGGUGGCAAUUACCCACGGGAACAGUUUACGAUUGUCAUGUUGACCUAUGAACGGGAACAGGUCCUUAUGGAUUCGCUGGGACGGCUGUACGGACUGCCUUAUCUGCACAAAGUCGUCGUAGUGUGGAACUCCCCAAAGCCACCGUUGGAUGAACUACGCUGGCCGGAUAUUGGAGUACCGGUGGCCGUUUUACGAGCUCCCAGGAACUCGUUAAACAACCGUUUCCUGCCCUUCGAUGUGAUCGAAACGGAAGCCGUGCUCUCUGUGGACGAUGAUGCCCAUCUCCGUCACGACGAGAUCCUUUUUGGGUUCCGUGUGUGGCGCGAACAUCGCGACCGCGUGGUUGGCUUUCCCGGACGCUAUCAUGCCUGGGACCUGGGCAAUCCCAAUGGCCAGUGGCACUACAACUCCAACUACAGCUGCGAGCUCAGCAUGGUGCUGACGGGCGCCGCGUUCGUGCACAAAUACUACCUGUACCUCUACACCUAUCACCUGCCGCAGGCCAUCCGAGACAAGGUGGACGAAUACAUGAACUGCGAGGAUAUCGCUAUGAACUUCCUGGUUUCGCAUAUAACGAGAAAACCGCCCGUGAAAGUCACCUCCCGGUGGACGUUCCGCUGUCCGGGUUGCCCCGUUUCCCUCAGCGAGGACGACACGCACUUCCAGGAGCGGCACAAAUGCAUCAACUUCUUCAGUCGGGUGUUUGGCUAUACGCCGCUGCUGAACACCCAGUUCCGGGCGGACUCCAUCCUCUUCAAGACGCGCAUCCCGCACGACAAGCAGAAGUGCUUCAAGUACAUCUAGUCGUAAGAAUAAUCCCUAUUCCCGACAAUGGUGGCCACUCCACACUUACCUAAUCCCGGAGUGAUUGCCCAGCUGAAUGUCCCUUAGAAGUAAGCACAAAGUAAACUUAUUAAGGCCUGUUCCGGUUUUCACAAUAGCUUUUUGACAAGAAUUUUAGUCCCCGCUUAAGUUUAGACACCCAAUCAUGCUUUUAAGUCAAGGAUCAAGUAAUCUGCAAUAAUGAUUAGAAAAGUGCAAUACAGGAAAAAGGUUUAUAAUCAAAGCUUCAUUUUUAAAAUUUUAGAUAGCAAAUUUAGAAAACACAUUUUUAACAA